AUGAGUUUAUUGAUUCAAUUAUCCGUAGCUAUUGCAUUCUUACUACUCAAUGGCGUCAUUGAUGGAUCCAAUCCGGGUGAUAGUGAUGAAGUAACUGCAUUGCCAGGACUGUCGAUUCCUUUACCUUUUAAACAUUACUCCGGUUAUUUACAGGGUGUUGAUAGCAAUACUCAGUUACAUUAUUGGUUCGCUGAAUCUUAUGGUAAUCCUGCAAGCGAUCCUUUAAUAUUAUGGAUGAACGGUGGUCCUGGUUGUAGUUCAUUGGAUGGACUACUAACCGAGCAUGGACCUUUUAGUGUCAAUGAUGAUUUAACCAUUUCUUUACGUAAUACUUCGUGGAAUAAAUUUGCUAAUGUCAUCUAUCUUGAAUCACCAGCAGGUGUUGGAUUUUCUUACGGACCAUCGUCCAAUUUAUCGGAUAUUACAACGGCAGAGAAUAACUACGCUGCUCUUAAAGCAUUCUUUAAAAAAUUUCCUACAUUCGCCAAUCAUGACUUCUACAUUACAGGCGAAAGUUAUGCUGGCGUUUACGUUCCUACGUUAGCCACUCGUGUUGCUAAUGAUAGUACAAUCCGAUUAAAAGCGAUUGCUAUUGGCAAUGGCAUUCUAGACAGGACUAAAAAUCUCGAUUCAUUAAUGUAUUACGGUUACUAUCACGGCCUAUUGGGUGGCCAACUAUGGAAUGGCUUGCAAGUUGCGUGUUGCAGUGGCAGUAGCUGCCAAUAUGCAAAUAGUAAUAAUUUCCUAUGUUCUCAUCGAGUUCGCUCUGCUACUAAUUUAAUUUGGGGCGAUGGCCUAAACCUGUAUAGUAUCUAUGAGGAUUGUUUAAAAGUUCGACAAACUUUAGCCAUUAGAAAUCAUCUACAAGACUCUAACCAACCUCUUUAUGGAACCCCACCUUGCUUUACUGAGAGUAUACUAUCCAAAUAUUUAAAUAGCGAUGCAGUUCUGAAGGCGUUACAUAUUGCCAAGCAGGCUCCAAAAUGGACGAUCUGUAAUUUUAUUGUCAACCUCAAUUAUCAAAGGACCUAUCCUUCUGUUAUCCAUUUCUUAAAGAAUCUGUCAUCCAAAAUGCGCGUCUUAUUAUAUUAUGGCGAUGCCGAUGCUGUGUGCAAUUUUAUAGGUGGACUUUGGAGUGCUGAAGCAAUCCAAGCCCCCAAAAUCGAUGACUAUAAACCAUGGUAUAUUAACACCACAUACGGCAAAACAGUUGCAGGUUUUAUACAGCGAUAUGAUAACCUCGAUUUUGUGACUGUUAAAGGAGCUGGACACUUAGUCCCAACAGAUCAGCCUGAUGCUGCCUUUCGACUGAUGGAAACUUUUAUAGGCGGUCAUAGUUUAUAA